AUGAGGACUCAAACUACGAUAUCCCGAGGGGAGCUCGGAGGACUGUGUUUCUUCAGAGACCCAUGCACCGUCGCCAACUCACUAGCCGUGAGAAGAGCAUGGGAGAAACCAGUCUUUAUGGGAGACAGAGAGCUAGGAAAAGCUCGAGUGGCCGUCUCCGGUGACUAUGAGGUGUGGAGAAAAAGAAGAGGGAUGUCUCCACCAUCCACCUCACUCAUUACGUGCGCCAAUAAUGAAGAGUUGCAAGCUCAAGUCGACACCUUGACCCAGAGGAUAGAAAUCAUGGGAGCCCAGAUGAGGGCCCUUGAAGAAAAGGAACAAGAAUCUAUCCUUGCCAUAGACGGUCUGCAAAGGCAAUGCAAGAAAAAGGAUCAUGAAAUAGAGCGCCUCAAGGAUCAAUGUGCUGACUCUAAUGAGCAAGCUAUCCGAGCAUCCAAAGCUGCCAGAACCAGCUCGGAUAGCCAACUUCAAGAAAUAAUCGCCAAAACAGCACGCCUUGAGGCCGAAUCAGCAAAACAGGCUCUUACGAUCAAGGACUUGUUGCAAGAUCUCACCAAGGCUCGGUUAGAAAUACGCCAAGAGCGAGAGGCCAAUCGGAGACUCAACAAAAGUCUUGCUAAGUUACACUGCAAAGAAAGAGACGGGCUAGCUCAGUACGACCAAGUACUACAAGAGAAAGACCGAGCCCUUGCAAAGCUCGAUGAACUGCAAGCCUUGGUCGUCCAUCAAGAGGCGAAGAUCAAAGAGGCUCAAAAGUACAGUGAAGAUAUGAGCCAGGCGGUCCAGAAGCAAAGUGAAGCACUUGCUCGUCAUGUCUGGGAAGCCGAAAGAGAAUUACAUAGAGAUCAAGAUCCGCCUGUGGAAUUCUUUAGGCUUUUCUGUUUCUGCCAAAAGUUGCUUCGUAGUAUGGAGUAG